ACCAAGAUAAAAACACAGAAGCAGAAACAAACAUAAUGUUGCUUGAAAUCGCAGUUGGGUUGUUGGUGCUAGGUCUGUUUCUGCACCUGCGUCCCACACCAACCGCAAAAUCAAAGGCCCUUCGCCACCUUCCCAACCCUCCGAGCCCAAAGCCUAGGCUUCCGUUCGUUGGACACCUUCACCUUUUGAAAGACCAACUUCUACACCACUCUCUCAUCACUCUCUCCCAACGUUAUGGCCCUCUGUACUCUCUCUACUUUGGCUCUAUGCCCACCGUUGUUGCCUCCACCCCUGAGCUCUUCAAACUCUUCCUUCAAACCCACGAGGCUGCUUCCUUCAACACAAGGUUCCAAACCUCUGCCAUUAAGCGCCUCACUUAUGACAACUCCGUUGCCAUGGUUCCCUUUGGUCCUUACUGGAAGUUCAUCAGGAAACUCAUCAUGAACGACCUCCUUAACGCCACCACCGUCAACAAGUUGAGGCCAUUGAGGAGCCAUGAGAUCCGCAAGGUUCUCAGAGUUCUCGCCCAAAGUGCAGAGGCCCAACAACCCCUUAACGUCACCGAGGAGCUUCUCAAGUGGACCAACAACACCAUCUCCAUGCUCAUGCUGGGUGAGGCCGAAGAGGUUAGAGAUUUGGCUCGCGAGACGGUUAAGAUUUUCGGAGAGUACAGUCUCACUGACUUCAUCUGGCCCUUGAAGAAGCUCAAGUUUGGAAAGUACGAGAAGAGGAUUGAUGAAAUAUUCAACAAGUUCGACCCCGUCAUUGAGAAGGUUAUCAAGAAGCGCCAAGAGAUCGUGAGAAGGAGAAAGAAUGGAGAAGUUGUUGAGGGAGAGCAGAGCGGUAUCUUCCUCGAUACUUUGCUUGAAUUCGCUGAGGACGAGACCAUGGAGAUCAAAAUUACCAAGGAGCAGAUCAAGGGUCUUGUUGUGGAUUUCUUCUCAGCAGGGACAGAUUCCACAGCCGUGGCAACUGAGUGGGCUUUGGCAGAGCUGAUCAACAACCCUAGGGUGUUGCAAAAGGCUCGGGAAGAGGUGUACAGUGUUGUGGGAAAAGAUAGACUGGUUGACGAAGUUGAUACUCAAAGCCUUCCUUACAUCAGGGCGAUUGUGAAGGAAACAUUCCGCAUGCACCCACCACUCCCUGUGGUCAAGAGAAAGUGUGUGGAAGAGUGUGAGAUUGAUGGGUGUGUGAUCCCAGAGGGUGCAUUGAUACUUUUCAAUGUCUGGGCUGUAGGAAGAGACCCUAAGUACUGGGACAGACCAUCGGAAUUUCGUCCCGAGAGAUUCUUAGAAAGUGGAGGUGAAGGAGGAGUUGGUCCUAUUGAUCUAAGGGGACAGCAUUUUCAACUUCUCCCAUUUGGGUCAGGUAGGAGAAUGUGCCCUGGAGUGAAUUUGUCUACUUCAGGAAUGGCAACUCUUCUUGCAUCCGUUAUCCAGUGCUUUGACCUGCAAGUGGUUGACCCUCAAGGACACAUACUCAAAGGUGAUGAUGCCAAAGUUAGCAUGGAAGAGAGAGCUGGCCUCACAGUUCCCAGAAAACACAACCUCGUAUGUCUUCCACUUGCAAAAACAACCAUCGCAGCCAAACUCCUCUCUUCAUAGAUUACAACAUACAACAUUAUGUUACCGUUCGUUGCAGUUACUUUUAUGUUGUCAUAAUUCUUUCAAUAAGGUGUAAUUCACACAACUACACAUACAUGGCUUCCACACACAUUUGCGAUUGUCUUUAUUUGAUAUUGAGAUGUAACUUCAAUCUUUCUCUUU